AUGGAGGCCGAUUUGACUAUUAUGAAUCAAUUUGCAAAAGAAAACAGAGGAUAUAAUUACAUUCUUGUAAUCAUUAAUGCCUUUAGCAAAUAUGUUUGGGCUGUACCAGUGAAAACUAAAACGGGUAAAGAUAUCACUGCUGCUAUGAAAUCUGCAUUAGAACAAAUAAGCAACCCUCCAAAAAACUUACAAACUGAUAUGGGAAAAGAAUUUCACAAUAAGGACUUUCAAAAUCUGAUGCAGGAAUAUGAUAUAAACCAUUAUAGUACUUUUUCAAAUUUAAAAGCUAGUAUUUUUAAACGUGUGAUUAAAACUUAA